AUGUCGGAUCCUGAUGGACAUUGUUUUUUUAUCAAAAAUGGCCAACGAUUCGGUGAUCCAGUUUAUAAAAUUGCACUUAAUACGAACGACUUGAAAAAAACUGUUGGUUCGGAUAAUUUUGCUUGCUUGAAAAAAACUUGUCAUAUUGAAUGGAAGAAAAUUAAUGAUAUUAUUGAUCGAGGCAGCGGAUUCGGGAGAAUCGCUUUUGCGAUAACCACUUCCCAGCUCGGACCUCUUCAAGAAAAAAUGCGAGAUGCGGGCACUACAAUAGAGGUUCCACUUGUGAGGCUUGAUACUCCUGGUAAGGCAACAGUUGAAGUCGUUAUCUUUGUUGAUCCAAAUGGUCAUGAAAUCUGUUUUGUGGGCGAAGAAGCUUUUUGUGACUUAUCGAAAAUAGAUACAAAUGCAGAUGCGCUUUUAAAAGAAGCAAUUUUGGUUGAUGAAAGCGACCACUGGUUCAAGGAUGGAAAACCUGGAAAUUUAACUGUUAUGUAA